CACGUAUUACAGUAGUAUAAAUGUACAAAUUAAAUUUAAAAAUUUGUGCAAACUUGACAAUUUUUUGACUGAUUUACUGUGUUCGUGAUAUUUUAAAGACGGAUUAACAAAAAUGCCCACGACUUACAAAAGGAAAAAUGAAGAGACAGCUAAACUGAGUGCCGGUUCUUUAAGAAACGCAAUUGAAUGUGUACAAAAUCGUACAAUGGGUGUAAAUGAAGCCGCCAGACAAUUUGGAAUACCUAAACCAACGCUAAAAGAUAGGAUUAAGAAGGGGGACGCAAUAAAACAACACAGAUUAGGUCUGUCAUCAGCGUUGGGAGAAGAUGCAGAACUAAAAUUGGUGCGACACAUAAAAAAUUGCAAACAUUUGGAUUUGCACCAGAUCGGGAGUCCGUCAGAAUAUGGGCUUUUCAACUUGUAGAAAAAUUAAAACUGAAGCACACAUUUAAUAAAGAAAGAGGCAAGGCCGGUUAUCAUUGGCUUAACUCGUUUUUACGUCGACAUCC